UCAGUGAUGGACGAGGACGCUGAUGAAAUAAAGGAGCAUCUGAGGCUUCAGUUUCAAACUCUGCAAGAGCAACAAGUGCAGCGCAUCCAGAGGAGGCAGGAGAUGAAAAAGACGGGAGGAGAAAAGCAGACAGACGCCAUCGCUCUUCCUCUCAGCAGCAGUCUGGACGAUAUCCACUUCACAGAAGAGGAUCUGUUCAAUGCAAGAAUAAUCCAGAAUGAGAAUGAACAGCUGCACGAUCAUGUGCGGGAGCUGAGGGAUGAGAACGGCAGACUUCAUAAACUGCUGAGUGAGAAAGACUUUGAGAUAAAACACCUGAAGAAGAAGAGAGAAGAGGACAGGUUGGCUCUAGCAGGUACUGCUGGUCUGGCAGGAGAUGCGGCUGCAACCAAAAUUGUGGAGCUGUCAAAAAAGACUCGAGAUUUAGCUUCUGAAAUUGAACGAGAGAAAACCAAAACUAAACAAGCAAACAAUCGAGUCCGAGAACUGGAGAAAGAGCUUCAGGCCAUGUUGUUGCUAAAUCCUGGAAAGACGACAAACAAGAAGCAAGCUACAAAGAUUGUGAAUGACCAUCCUGAAAACAACCCAGUAGUGAAAUCACUACAGGAGAAACUAUCUGUAGCCCAGCUCAAAAUGGCUGAAUACCGCAACCAGAUCCAGACAUUCAAGCAAGAAUUAAAAAUAGCUCACAAGGUGUUGAGCUGCGAGGUUGGUGAGGACGUCAGUAUUCAGCAGAUUCUGUGUAACCCAGGAGGCUGGAGAGGUCGAUCGCAGCAGAUCCUCGCCCUGCAGAACAGAGUGCGAGACCUGGAACAGCAGCUGAGCCAGUCGUCUCACAGGAAACAGCUGAAUGAGUUCGGUCUUGAGGAUGAAAUGAUGAGAACUGGAGGCCCAAUGAAGACACAAGACAGAAAUCUGAGCCACAUCCGGCACAUAGAGAAAGAGAAGAAGGAGACACUGGAGAAGCUCAAUAUGGAGUAUGAAGUUCUUCUUGAAGAGCACACGGACAUGAAGAAGAAGAUGGAGGGCUCCAAAGCCAGGAAUAAAGUGCUGAGCACAGAAAUCAAAGCCCUGAAGAAUCAGAUCAGCACUCUACUGGAUAAGGGCAAACAUGAUGAUGAGCUGGUCGAUGCCUUACUGAAGCAGCAGACGCAGUGGCAGGUCAUGCUGGGUCAGUUAAGUCUGAAAGGGUCUCAGCGUGAGAAGACUCAGCAGGGCCUGGAGACUCAUUUGCACAGCGAGGUCCAGCAGCACUCGUCCCUCAUCCAGCAGCUCAAACUCAUGGUGGCAGAGAAGGAGAACAAGGUCAAAGAGCUGGAGCAGGAGAUCCGGCAGCUCGCCCUCACGAAGCAAUCAGAGAGCAAGAGUCUACAAAACAUCAGGCCUUUGACAUCACGACAGGAGAAGAGCAGAGAAGCAGACUCUGCCAGAGAUGCACAUGUGGCCUGUCCAGAGUGUGCUGUUAAGAUCCCCUCGCUCCAGGCUCAGUGUGCAGAGUAUAAAACCCUUUAUCAAAGCGCAAGUGUGGAGAGAGACAGACUGCUGGAGCUGACCAAAGUACAGCACGCCAGGGAAGAGGAGGCCAAGCGUCAGUGUGCAGAAGCGGAGCAGAAACUGCGUCAGGAAUGGCAGCGUUCAGUCUCUCUGGAGCAGCAGCUGGAGAAAGCCAAACUGGAUGCCAAGAAAGAAGCAAGCCUGCAAACGGCUCAUCGCAGCAGAACAGGAAGCUCAGGCAGUAUUCUGAGUCUCCCGGAGAGACUGGAGGGAUUGUCUCCCAGAAGCCCCUCUGAUAUUAGCCGUGAAGCUCAGCUUAGUGAACUCAAAGCACAGCUGGCACUGCAGCUUGAAGAAAACGAAAGCUUGAGAACGACUCUGAGGAACACCUUGAAGGAAAAGAAAGAAGUCUUGCAGUUCUACAAGGACAUGAUGACCGAAGCCAAACAGGGCUUCCAGCAGGCCCGCAGAAAGCAGGAGCAAGGGAGUCCGGGAUGAAGACCACUCUUUACAGGCAAACAGAGAUCAGUCAAGGACAAAACCGCUGCUAACAGAUGCUGCCAUGUGUGCUGCUUACACACACAUACAAUUACACACACACACACAGUUUGCUGAACGCCUCUUAUCUGAAAUCUCGUUUCAAACACAAGUUCAUUUUAUUCCUUUAAUGUAAACAAGGCUUCCUCCCGAUCAUUUCCAAUCCUGCAUGAUAUUUUUGUCUUGUGGUACUCGCAGUCGUAACAGCCUUGGGCCUGCCAGUGUCCCUCCGGGUUCUGGGAAGAUGAAAUAGUGCGCUGUUUCAGGAGCAACACACUGCUUCAGCCACAGGUUUAAAUUAAGCGUGCUGGAGCCUCAAAACCCCCUCCGGCCACAUAGGAAAGAGAAUAACUCAUGUAUGGCAGCAUGAAUGCGGACGCUGAUACGGUCAGUGUAAACAAGACCAGACACACGCUAAAGAGAGAGUCUUCACAUAUACACACACACACACACACACGUAUCGCUGCAGUCGUCGACAAAGUGUUUCACACCUGAUGAGCUUACUAUGGUUUUGCUUUUCAUUUUGGUUUCGCACCACAAGGCACACAAAUCAAAUAUUAAUGAGCAAAUGUGCGUCAGAAAAUGGAGGCAGGGAUGUUUGUUUCCACUUUAGAGUGCCAAAAGCGGCGAGAGAGAGAAAAAAUAUGUUGGUUUGCCUUGAUAAUUUCUUAAAAACAUUCUGACAGGAUCUCAUUAUUGGUUCUCCAACAAAAAAAGAGCGUAGCGCUGAAACACACAUCCUCUUUCCUUCAUCUCUCAUGACCUCACAAUGGUAGAUGUAUUGAAGAGAAAGAGUUCCAGUAGGGAGCUAAACCUGAAUUCACACAGUUGUAUGGGGACUAAAAUGGAGGUCCCCGUGGGUAAACAUGCUUAUAAAUCACACAGAAUUAUGUUUUUUGAAAUUGUAAAAAUUCAGAUUGUUUCCUGUGAGGCUCAGCGAGGGGUAGGGUGAAGAAGUGUGUGUGUGUGUGUACUGGUUUUGAUGGUUUACAGGGACAAAAAUUUGUAUAAUGACUUGUGUAUGGCCUAUUACAGUGGUGUUUAUGAGGACAUGCCUUGUGUCCUCAUAAUUCACUUCAAAUAGUCUUUUGACAUUAAAAUUUGCGACACGUUUCAGGGUAGGAUUAGGGUAAAGCCAUAUAAUAUGCAUUUUUACAGUGUAAUAUACAUUAUACCUAUGGAGAGUCCUCAUAAACCACCAAAACCAACGUGUGUUAGUGUGCACUGUAAACAAAUCUUACUGCCUUAAAUUGUUUAGUUGAAUCAGAUGAAAUUUUCUCAUCAUCUCAACUUACAAUACUCAAGCUGAAUAAAAAUAUCAAGUUAAAGCUUAUAUAACUAAUAUAACUUUAUAUAACUGAUUAAUCUAUGAAAACGAGUUAAAAUAUAAAAGAUAAUUUCUUAAAAACAUUCUGACAGGAUCUCAUUAUUGGUUCUCCAACAAAAGAGCGUAGCGCUGAAACACACAUCCUCUUUCCUUCAUCUCUCAUGACCUCACAAUGGUAGAUGUAUUGAAGAGAGAGAGAGAGCUGGAGUGCCAUGAAACAAGUCAUGUGUGUGUUUGUACUUGUUUUUAUAUCCCAGUAGGGACCAAAACCUGACUGCACACAGACUCAUGGGGACUUGUGUCACCGUGGGGACUGAAAUGGAGGUCUCCAUGGGUAAACAUGCUUAUAAAUCACACAGAAUUAUGAUUUUUGAAAUUGUAAAAAUGCAGAUUGUUUCCUGUGAGGCUCGGGUUUAGGGGUAGGGCGAAGAAGUGUGUGUGUUUGCACUGGUUUUGAUGGUUUACAGGGACAAAAAAAGUGUAUAAUGACUUGUGUAUGGCCUAUUACAGUGGUGUAUAUGAGUACAUGCCUUGUGUCCUCAUAAUUCAAAGCACUUCAAAUAGUCUUUUGACAUUAAAAUUUGUGACACGUUUCAGGGUAGGAUUAGGUUAAAGCCAUAUAAUAUGCAUUUUUACAGUGUAAUAUACAUUAUACCUAUGGAGAGUCCUCAUAAACCACCAAAACCAACGUGUGUGUGUGUGUGCGCACUGUAAACAAAUCUUACUGCCUUAAAUUGUUUAGUUGAA